AUGGCGUCGCUGGCCCCGGAAGUACAGGCCUCGGACGUGGAGCGCGCUGCGCCGGAGCGAUCCCAAGAAGAAGUCGCAGCGGACGAGGGCGCAUCUGUCGCAACGCCGCCCGCUGACGACGACGACGCGGCGGACAACGCCGAGACGGACCCUCCCGCUGGCGACAAGAACGCAACGGGGGACGCUACGGAUCAAGCAGACCUUGAAGAUGGCGAGGUAGGAGCCGCUGCCGACUCCGCGCCGCCGCUCCCCAGCGAGCCCACGCCCGAUGGUCCCCCGCUGCCGAGCGAGCCCGUCCCCUCCGACGACGGUUGGGACUGCCAGUUCGACGCGGCCACGCAGGCCUGGUUCUUCUACAACCGCUUCACCGGCAAGACGCAAUGGGAUAACCCGCGGGUACCCACCACCACCGCCGCCGCCGCCGCGGCUGCUGCUACCUCCUCCGCGCCACCACCACAGCUACCACCAGCUCCUCCCGCCCACGAGCAGCCGCCCGCGGCGGUAGCAGGGGGCUACAACCCGGCUAUCCACGGCGACUACGACCCCGACGCGUGGUACGCCAAGGGCACGCAGCAGGACACCGACGAGGCGGCGGCGACCGAGGCGCAGGCCGCCGCCGACAUGUACGCCGCGUCGGUCGCGUUCAACCGCUUCAGCGGCGGGUUCCAGGCCGAGGACGCGGGGCCCGGGCGGCACACGGACGAGGCCAAGGCGCGGCGGCAGAUGAAUGCGUACUUUGACGCCGACGCCGCGUCGGCCGCGCACGACGGCCGCAGUCUCCGCGCGGAGCGCCAGAGCAAGAAGCCCAGCAAGGCCGAGGUCAAGGCCUUCAAGGAGAAGCGGCGCGCGCGCAAGGAGGAGAAGCGCCGGGCGUGGCUGCGAGACUGA